CACCCUGGACGUGGCUUUCGCAUCCAAUCCCAUCCGGUUCGGUCUCCUAUCCAUCUCUCUGCCGCUGCAGCAGUGGCCGCCGCCGCGGAUGGCGUCUCCUCUUUCUCCUCUCGCCGCUUUCUGGAAGAGCCAACCUCACCACCACACUGCUACCCUCUGCAUCAACCUCCGCCGUUUGCCUCCCUGCCCACUCGCAGCUAUGUCCAGACCUUGCCUCCGCUCCUCCGUCUCCUCCCCUCCGCCUCCUCUUCCUCCUCCUUCUCCCCUUCUUCCCCCAUGCUUCUUCCAGUGCCGCACGGCUGUUUCCAUCUUUGCCCUCGUCUCCAAUUCCAGCCCUUACCUGAGCUCUCGCCGCGGCUUCGUUCGCCACGCAGCGACCGCUGCUGCCGCCACCGCUGAUGUCCAACAAGAUCCAGUAUCAACUUCUCAAAUUAUCAGUAGGGGGCAGCGCAUUUACCAUGAAACAUACGGAUGCCAAAUGAAUGUAAAUGACAUGGAGAUUGUGCUAUCUAUCAUGAAAAAUGCUGGGUAUGAGGAAGUCGUGAAGGAACCUGAGAAUGCAGAGAUUAUAUUCAUCAACACCUGUGCUAUCCGAGACAAUGCGGAGCAAAAGGUUUGGCAGAGACUCAACUACUUCUGGUUUCUAAAAAGGGAAUGGAAGAGCAAUGUUGCUGUGGGAAGGUCACAAUCUACACACCCUCCAAAAAUAGCUGUUCUAGGAUGUAUGGCUGAGAGGUUGAAAGAGAAAAUACUUGAUGCAGAUAAGAUGGUAGAUGUAGUCUGUGGACCAGAUGCUUAUAGAGAUCUACCACGUUUGCUGGAUGAGGUUGACUAUGGGCACAAAGGAAUUAAUACCCUGCUUUCUCUUGAAGAAACUUAUGCUGAUGUUAGUCCAGUUAGGAUCUCGACCAAUUCAGUUACUGCAUUUGUCUCGAUAAUGAGGGGUUGCAACAAUAUGUGUUCAUUUUGCAUUGUUCCAUUCACUAGAGGUAGAGAGAGGUCUCGUCCAGUCUCAUCAAUUGUCAGAGAAGUAGGUGAGCUCUGGAAGGAGGGUGUGAAGGAAGUAAUGUUCCUUGGUCAGAAUGUGAACAGUUACAAUGAUGUUUCUGAGCUCAGUGAUCUGGAACCAGGAGCAAAUUGGAGACUCAGUGAAGGAUUCUCCAGCAUGUGCAAAGUGAAGAAUAUGGGCUUGCGCUUUUCUGAUCUCUUAGAUCGACUCUCUACUGAAUUUCCAGAGAUGCGGUUUCGAUUCACUUCCCCUCAUCCCAAGGAUUUUCCAGAUGAUUUGUUAUUUCUCAUGAAGGAUAAAUAUAAUAUUUGCAAAAACAUUCAUCUGCCUGCUCAAACAGGGAGCUCAACAGUUCUCGAGAGAAUGCGCCGAGGUUACACCAGGGAGGCAUACUUGGACCUUGUACAGAAAAUAAGAGGCAUCAUUCCAGAUGUUGGACUAAGUAGUGACUUCAUUUGUGGCUUUUGUGGAGAAACAGAAGAAGAACAUGCUGACACCCUAAGCCUUGUGAAGUCUGUUGGAUAUGAUAUGGCAUACAUGUUUGCUUAUAGCAUGAGAGAAAGAACUCAUGCCCACAGGAACUACAUGGAUGAUGUUCCUGAUAAUGUCAAACAGAGGAGGCUGAGAGAACUUAUUGACACCUUCCGUGAAUGCACAGUGCAGAGGUAUGAAUCUCAAGUAGGAACUGUCCAGCUUGUUUUAGUCGAGGGACCCAAUAAGAGAGCACCUGAAUCAGAACUGGUUGGAAGGAGUGAUAGAGGCCACAAGGUCUCCUUUCUUAAUGUCCCUCUGCCACACUCAUUUGAAACAGAUGGGAAGCGAAAUCCAGAGAUUGGAGAUUAUGUUGAAGUUGGCAUAUUGAGAUCAACAAAGGCAUCCUUAUUUGGGGAGGCACUUGCGCGAACGAGCCUGAGCAGGUUUCACCAAAAGAAUUCUGACUCUAGAACAUGAAAUGGCUGAAGGCCUACACUGACAAAGUAUUGCUGUUGUCUAUGCUUAUAAUGGGAUCGAGGAUGAGACCUUUUCAUUAACAGUGAAGUGUUCAAUUCCUCUAAAUAUUCCUCGGAGCUUCCUACAUUUGUUGAGGGAUGAUGAUCAAUAUUGUAAUUUUCCAUGAAAUAUCUUCAAUCGACACUUGAAGAGCCUCAGUGGAAUGAGAUUACUACAUCCACAGUAAGUGUUUCUCACUUCAUUAGAUCAUACGUAUGCAAACUGCUAAUUUCUGUUAUCCUUCUUUAAUCGUUCUAGUUGUAAGUUGGUUUGCAUUCUAUGUACUCAUAAAAUCUUUAAUAACUCCAUUAAGGAUAUCCAAGA